AUGGCAAAACGCGAUCGUUCAGACGCAAAUCAAGGUGGUGCUCCAGGAAAAAAGCUCAAGUUUAAACGUACAGGCAUUGAGAAAAAUGAAAGUGGAAUUUUGAUUACAGUACCUCGUGGUAAAGAGAGACAAGCAUCCAACGAGAUUAUUAAUGUCUUCUCUCAACAUGUUGCUACGCUCUGGCCUGAAACAAUAGGAUCUGAGGAGACGGAUGAUGAAGAAGGUGAUUUGGAAGAUGCCAUUUCACGCGAAUUAGAAGAAAUGAAAGAAAAGAAAAAAAGCAAAAAGGAGUUGCUAACUCCCAUCUUGAUUGAUAUACAAUGUGUGGUUUUUAUAAAAACGAGAUCUCCUGUAGACCCUGUAAAAUUGGUGGAAUACACUUGCAAAGAAGGGAGGACGAAAAAGAUGACUCGUUUUACCCAAAGGUUGACACCCAUAGUUAGGACAACAGGAGCCUCCAUUGAAGACUUGGAAAACUUGGCCUCAGAGGUAUUAAAACCUCAUUUUCAUGAAGGACAACAGAGUUUGAAGUUUGCCGUCCAAGCUACUAUUCGAAAUCACUCAGUAAUAAAGAAGGACGAUAUUUACAGGUCCAUUGCGAAAUGUGUUGGACAUGAUCAUAAAGUCGACCUGAAAAAUUAUGAUCUUCUCAUCGUGGUUCAGGUGUUUAAGAACAUUAUUGGAAUGAGUGUUGUGAAAGAUUAUGAGCAGUUGCGAAGAUAUAAUUUGAAUGAGCUGUACCAACCGGAAAGUUCAAAAUCUGACGAGAAGACGAAACCUUUAGAGAAGGAAAUCACCAACGGUGAAAGCAGUCAAGCUGCUGAAAUAAGCACAACAUCAGAUGUCCCAGAACAGAAAGGGUCACCUGCUGACGCUUAG